AUGUCAAGAUCAAGUUUUGAUUUAUCAUCGUCGUCAAACUCCAUUGAUUUGUCAUCGACACUCAAUGAUUCGUCAUCGAUCUCGACCACCUCUUCCGGUGUCUCUUUUGCACCGGUGGUGGUAACAAAGACAGCUGCUGCCGACGAUGGAAGUUCCACGGCCAACUUGGAUCAGGAAUUUGAGAAGCUACUGGAGAAGCUCGGUAUUGUUGAUCCACAGAAGCGAAAGGAGAUGUUGGCAUUGCCAGAGGCUAGCAAGCGUGUCUUGAUCGAUCAGAACAAGACCGACAUCUACAAGACUGUAAAGUUAAAGUCUUCGAGCGCCGAUCAUCAUUCUGUGCAGUCGUUUGCCGAUGUAAAGAGUGUCAUCACAUCGAUCAACACUCGUUCCAUUACGAUCGACGUCAUCAAGACGUUGCGUGUCCACUUGAAUACUGCGCCAGUCGACUGGAUCCAGUCGUUCCUCAAUCUCGACGGUAUCCAGCCACUGCUCACCAUCUUGCAAAAGAUUGAGAAGAAGCGAUCAAAGAAGGCGAAGCGUAAGGAUCUAUCGAUUCUCCAGUGGGAGUGUAUCAGAUGUAUUGCUGCCAUCAUGAAGAUCAAGAUCGGUAUGGAGUAUAUCGCAUCGUAUCCAGCUGCAACCAACCAAAUGAUUCUCUCAUUCGAUACCGAGAUGAUCAAAGUGAAGACACUCAUCCUUGAGCUGCUCGCUGCAGUCUCCAUUCUCCCAAGAGGACACGGUGCAGUACUCACUUCAAUGAUCUACUACAAAGAGACACGUAAAGAAGAACAAAGAUACUAUUCUUUAGUUCAAUCUCUUAAAACUGAAACAAACAAAGAUUAUUUGACAACAUGUAUUUCUUUUAUAAAUUGUAUUAUAUCUUCGCCUGCAGAGGUAUCGGCAAGAAUGGAAAUUAGAAAGGCAUUUUUGAAUUUGAAGAUUCUAAAGUAUUUCGAUACUAUUAGAAGAGAUUUUAGCGAGGAGAAACAGUUGAUCACUCAGUUGGAUGUGUUUGAAGAGGAGAUGACCAGCGAUGAACAAUUGAAUGCCAGUCAGACAUCACAGUUGUCGAUCGAGGAGGUAUUCUCACAGAUUUCCGCACGUUCAAAGUCACCAUCCACUUCACCAUCGAUCUCCAGCCAACAAUCACUCAAUGACAAACAUAAACUAAAGAAAGACAACGAAGAGAAACAAAAGACAAUCGAACAUCUCUUAAAACAAUUGAAUUCAUUUACAGGAGGACAAGAUAUUUCAAAGUGGAUGACAGAGCGUGAAGAAAAGAAUAAGAUGAUUGCUCAGUUGAUGUCACAAGUAAAGAUUACCGAUGGCGUGGUAGAGAAUGAACAGUUGAGAAAAGAUCUAGAGGCAAUGAAGAAUGAGAUGGAAAUUUUGAGAAGCUCACCAAAUCUAAUCAGUUCGCGACCAGCCGGCACUCCAUUAGGUGGUACACCAUCUACUCCAACCAUUAUCAUUGAGAAUGUUUCCGGUGAUAUGUCACCAGUCUCAUUGAACAAUCCAGCGACAGAUCAAGAUACAGAUUCAUUGUUGUCACAGGGCGGUGGAGAUAUCCCGCCUCCUCCUCCUCCCCCAGGCGGUGGACCUCCACCUCCACCUCCACCCCCAGGUGGUCCAGGCGGACCUCCACCACCUCCACCACCUCCUGGCUCCAAGAAGGCACCCGGCGGUAGACCACCAAAGCCAAUCAUCAAACCGUCGGUCAAGAUGAGAAAUUUCAAUUGGGUCACAAUGCCAGCACUCAAAGUUGACGGUACCAUCUGGGAGAAGAUGGAUGAAACACAGAUCAUUCAAUCGUUGGAUACCAAUGAGUUGGAAUCUUUGUUCUCAGCAAAGGCACCAGCUCCAAAAGCCGAAGCUCUCAAGACACCAAAGAAAGUAGCAAUCACUCUGAUCGAUAUGAAGAAAGCAAACAACUGUGCAAUUAUGCUACAACACUUUAAGCUUGGCAAUGCAGAGAUGAAGAGAUUGCUCAGUGUAAUGGAUGAGAAGUUCUUGGAUCAACAGAAUACCACAUACCUCUUACAAUUCGUGCCAUCCAAAGAGGAUAUCGAUGCCCUCAAAGAUUUCCAAGGUGAUGUCACUCUGUUGGGUGCCGCCGAACAAUAUAUGUUACAGAUAAUGAACAUCCCCAAAUUGGAGGCCAAACUCAAGGCACAUCUCUUCAAACUAAAGUUACCAAGUCUAUUGGAAGACUUGACUCCAGACAUCAGAGCGGUUAGACAUGCAUCGAUGGAGGUCAAACAAUCAAAGAAACUUCAAGAGAUUAUGAGAUACCUGCUUGGUGUUGGUAAUUAUAUCAAUGGUUCGACGACAAGAGGUGGUGCCUUUGGUUUCAAGUUGGACACUUUGAAUAAGCUCAGAGACGCAAAGAGUAACGACGGUAGAAUGUCACUGAUUCACUAUAUGGCCAAGUUGAUUCAGGAUAAGAAUGCCGAUCUCUGGAACUACACUUCUGAACUAACACACGUUGAGCACGCUGCCGAAGUAUCACUCAACAAUAUCACUCAAGAUUUCGCGGAAAUCAAGAGAGGAAUCGAUUUGAUCGAGAAGGAAUUCAUUGCCAACCCAACCACCGGAGCAUUCGAACAAUCGAUUGUCAGCUUCCAGGCCACUGCCAAACAAGAGUGUGCCAAGCUGGAGUCAGCAAUCGAAGACAUGAACAAACAAUACGAAACUGUAACCGGAUUCUAUGGUGAAUCAAAGACAACUUGUCAACCCGAUGUCUUCUUUACCUACUUUACCGACUUCUUGGAGGAUCUCGAAAAGGCACUCAAAGAAUAUCAAAAUAUGCUCAAAGCCGACGAAAAGGACUCUAAAUACGAGGAUCCAGAAAAAGGUGGUCUUGAGGAUCUAACUCACCACAUUCGUUCAGGUCAAUUGUUCAAGGAAAGAAGAAAGUCAUCCAAUCUAAACUUUGCUCUCGCUGAAAAAGUACAAUUGGCAGCUGCUUCUUUGAAGCCAAGUGGAAAUAAAUUACAAGUCCCAGGUCAACCUCAACCAGCUCAACCCAAAGUUGUAAUUCCCUCUCCUUCAAUGUUGAAACCAAGAGGUGCGGCAGCGGCUAAGAAAUAA